AUGUUUGGAGGCUGUAGUAGUAUUCCACUUUCUGAUGUUGGGAUUUACUCCAGACUUGUAAACCUUCUUGUCAACAUGGUUGACAUAUCAUUGCGGAUUCCAUUAUUUUUGACCCGUACUGGUCUUUAUGUGACAUUGAUCACUACUUCUGUAGUCUUGUUGCUGUUGCCGCUAUCAAUUUUGUCAUACCUUCGGUUUUAUGAGCUACUUAUUCCGAUUCCGAAGCAACACGUUCCAGUACACCUCAAUACAAACCUAAUAUCAUCAAAGCCAGACGGGACGUUUUAUCACAAUGGUGACUUCAUCAAAUUUGGAGUUCUCAAUUCUGCACAGUUGAUACAACAUUUAGACCCUGAAGUAGAUUAUACCGUCACGCUCAUAAUAAAAAUUGUCGGAACAAGUUCAACUUCAACCGAAACUUCUGUUCCUGACUCAAAUGUUCCACUGAGGGUCAGCAUACUAUCCAAUCAUCUCCUCAAUUCUCUCAAGAUAUAUGAUAUAAAAGGGCCAAGGAAUAAGUUCUGGCCUAUAACGGAUGAUCUUCUGGUUCCAAGUCAAUUUGAUAAACAUAGUUUCUCAUCAAUCCCAGAAACUUUUACAUUCACAGGCAAAGGGGUGUAUCUAUGCACGACAAGUGUACAAACCAUCUACGACUACCAUAACGAGAACGAGUUAAUCCUUUGGAAAAGUUUUGAAAUGAAAAUGUUUAUACCUCCCCUGUUCAAAAGUUUGGUACCUCCUUUAAUAUUUAACUAUCCAGAUCGAAGUGAAGACGAUUCCAAAGUCAUCAAAAUGACAGUUUCUCCGCAAUUCCGACUCCCAUCUUCCAAAAACCAUUUGUAUCAACUAACACAAUCUCAUCUUUUGGUGGAGCUCGCUUCAAAGUUUAACAAGAACAUCCCCUUAAACUCUGAUUCCCUUGUGUUGCAACUGGAUGUCAAUUGGCAUGGGGCAAGAUAUUAUAUAUACCACCAUCCACUAAUCUCUUUUUUCUUUGGGGUAUUUUUAUUUUGGGGUUUCAGUUCUAUGAGCUGUGUUGCAAUUGGGCUGUCCUUAUGGUACUUCUUCGGCAAGACAACAUCCGUCCCAACCCAAAAAUGA